UGGGGGGGGAGGGGGGACUCGUGCAUAGUGUGUGCUGUCUAUUCUGGCCCGGCAAAUCGGCUGCACUGCUUUCGCCGGAAUCCACCGGAAGCUUUCCGGUGCUGCCUGCGAUGUUAGUUAAAACAUUCGGUAGCAGUUCUGGGUGGGGAGGGUGGGUUUCUUCCGGAUCCUAAUUAUUCGCCUAUGGUGCACCGACGUCAUUCAAUCAUUGUUCAGUUAGGUGUGAGGGAGAGACUGGGUCCGUGGACACUCACCCGUUCGGUUGAUGCACGGUCGGGUUGUAGGCAAUGUGGAAUGGGAAGGGAAAGGGUAGAUACAUGGCGGCAGAUACUGCUCGCUCGCUACCAAUCGAGGGGUGGGAUGUGAAGUGGUUAGCGUUAGCAAGGUUUCUCCAGGGCCUGACUCAAAGUUAGCUUCAUGUGGAACUUCUGUGUUAAAUCGGAACUUGUUGAGAGCAUCGGUAAAAUACGCCAUCAACCCCCAUCAUCUCAGCAACCGACAAUUGCUUCAGCUAAUGCCUACUAAUGGUGUUCCCUUCAGUCAGUGGAUGGUGGAUGUCUUCGAGCCGCAGGCGGUUGCACAGCGCUGGGCGAUUGUGUCCGGUUGAGCGAAAUGCGCGUCGCCCCACAACUUCAGCCACCGGAGCUCAGGCUAUUGCCGCGUCCCCACGGCGAGCGUCCUCUCCUUUCCCCUUCGCCGGGGGUAAACAAUCCGUCACCGAUACAGCGGAUCUUCAAAUUAAGGAAGCGAAACACAACGUUAUGGCCCUAGACGCUCCGAUGAACACGCCCGAUUCACUCAGUGGCGGGGAAGGCAGCCAGCAGGAAGGUGGUGGCGGCAGUAAAGCGAAAGACUCGCGGUUUUUCAUCAAAAAACCACUUAACGCUUUGGAGCGCAAGAAAAGCGAGAAACAGCGCAAAGCGCGCCAGCUCCGUCGGAUGCGCAAGUGGCUGAUGCCGAAGAAUGCGAUCGUCGCCCUGCACGAGUUGCAGGGCCCCGGCAUGACUGAGUUCACCAUCAACACGAACGGACAGGAAACCAAGGCAGAGCUCGUGAUCAACAACGUCCGGUAUGAGGCGACGGCGCCCAACAAAAAUCUCGCCAAAGCCCAGGCGUCCGAGAAAGCGCUGCGCGAUCUUGUCUUUGCGCAGAUGGCGCGAGUGAAGCAGCAGCGCAGUGCGAGUGCCACUAAAUCCUCCACCGCUUCCAACACCGAUGACAACGUGGAUGGAGCAAACGGCAACAGUAACGGCGACGGCAACGAUGGUGCCGGCGCUGCCGGAGAAUCCGAACCGAUGGAUUGCAUCGAGUCGGAGGACUUACCGAUGGAGCAUCUGGCUGCGUUUGCACUUCACAAACUCUUCACCCAGUGGGAGGCGGAAGGGUUUGAAGUGCCGUUCAUAAAACCGUCCCGGACGAAGGUGGUGCCCGCCGCCAGUGGACAGACGGCGCCUGCCGCCAAUACCCAGCCCGAACAAGGCGGGGGGAUCAUGCCUAAGGUGACGAAGACGGUGGCCGAUUUACCAUCGGACGCUUCCAAGCGCCACCCAACAGCACUGUUUGCAUAUAUGCGCCCACAAAUAGCAUACGAAGAUCUCGGCUCCAAUAAUGACCAGACAAACCGCGAGUUCAUUGCCGGUCUGCGGUCGGACGGGCAGUACUUCAUCGGCAAGGGACGUUCGAAGAAACUGGCUCGCAAGGCGGCUGCGAUCGAUGCCUGCAAGAUACUGUUUGGUGUAGAGUUCGACGAGAGUGUGCUGCAGGGUUAGGCGAAUAACAAUUAGCAUACAAUGGCAUGUAAUUGGAUAGAAACGUGAAUCGUAUGCUGAUGGGGCUAUUUAACUUAAUUAAGCGCUUUUUAACUGUAACUUUUAACAUUUUUUUGUGGUAUCGAAGGACGUUUAAAUCAUUUUUAUUCAACAAUUCUGUUAGCUCCUGAAAGACAGGACCAUCCAAGUUAGAGGACUUUUACCCACAGGACUGUCACGUCUCGAAAACCUUACGGGCUGGCAUGUCCGCUCAGGACGUAAUGCCGCCACGCUUACGUAGAAGAAGAAAAAAAAACAUACGUAGAGCAAAGAAGUCCUCGUUGACUAACAUAAACUUAGAAAAUAUUGAUUGAUUCAUUUCCUACUGUACACAGCGCUAAUGCUAUGUCCAAGAUUUUUUUUUAAUAAUAACUAAGCUAUUAAGAUUAGCUUUCAGCCGAACCCCAAACUUAAAUAAAUUAAACAAAAACAAAAAUUUAACCGUAUGGAAAUAAGGAAACUCGCGAUGCAGGAGGACAAAACAUAUAUUCGCUACCGUAAAGAGAAGCAUCAUACACAGCGUAAAAUUGACUCUAAAGAAUACAUGUCUACAGAAGUUAGCUAAACAUGAAAGAGGAUAGACUGUGAAAUAGCAGCGUAAGCCAGAACCAAACAAAGAGAACUGGCAGGUACACAAACGUGCGCAUGAUUGAAAAUUUGUUUGUAUGACUAUAUAUAUUCAGCCGUACCGGCGAACUCGUUCGUUCCUGGGAACGUUCGCCGCGACGCUCAUUUUCACUCAUUUCAUAGCCCUCUAGAUCAAAAAUUAGAAAACCGUAUAGAUUUUGUAAUGGCCAACCUAGUGGUACAACCCUGUCCGCUCAUGAGCGACGAAUGUUUCUCGUCGAACGAGUUCGCCGGUACGGCUGAAUAAGGUGUACGGUCCCGUGGUACAGUCGGCUAGUCGAAUGACUCAAUAACAUACUCGUCUUGGGUUCAAGCCUAGAAUGAACCGUCCCCCCGUAGCCAGGACUACUAUCAUCUGGCUGUGUGGUACUGAAUAAGUCUCGAAGGUCGUUGCGGUGUGCUUGUAGAUUUGAUUCCAAUGGAUUUAUCUAUACGUUUAAUAACUUUACUCGUGCUGAUAUUAUUAAUGAGUUUAGAAUGUGUCUCUGCCGUUUAUUAUACUAAACUACAACAUAACUGAAGCUAGCUGCUUCUUUUAUACCCGUCGUAUAUGCUAUGGUCUACUUUGUUUUUCCAACACCCCCUCUUAGACCUAUCGCAAAUCGAUGUUUCGAAAAAACUGCUGAAGAAAACCCUUUUGUAAACAUAUCCGCAAGUUGGUUUUAGCUUGGAAUAUACUUCAGUUGAAUUCUUACGUUCUUGAUA